GUCUAACGUUUUUUUCCACAUUGUUGAAUAAUAUUAGCACAUCAGAGGAAUUGAGGUCAAAAGCUACUUUUUACUUGGACGUUAUUUUGUUAAGUGAUUUGAAACCUGGUAAAUUGAGUAUCACUCCUUAUUAUCUUGUUAGAGUGAGUGUUGUAACGCUUGGGCACAAAAUAGUUGUUAUUGGAGUAAGUGUUGUAAGUGGUGAUCUGCACUCAAUAAAUAAUCCUAAACUUGUAGAAUUACUUAUCCCAAUAAUUAAAAAUAAAUCGUUAAAAAGCCGGAGAACAAGCUGCGAGGAUUUUUAUCAAAGCGUUCAAGAUAAAGCCUUCAUUAUUGAUGAUAAUAAAGUUAAAAGUUCGGAAGAAAAAGAGAAAAUUCUGACACUUGGUCAAUUUCAUGAAAUAAAAGAGAAUUUUGUGACGUUAGUAUCCAAUGCAAAAGAAAGUUUAAGCAGUGACUUAAAGAAAUUCUUGGAUCUUUUACUUGCCCAGAAUGAAAUUAUUGGAAAAAACAUUGGAAAAAAUCAAGAGACUGUUACUUUUGCUCAAGGACAAUUAAACGCAUACAAAAUUAUCUUGCAAGAUAAACUUCAACAUGAUGAAUUGGAGAUUCUUUUAAAUGAACAAAAGAAAAUCUUGAGAUUAGAAAAUCGAUUGUGCUUUUUGCAAAGCUAUGAAUAA